AUGCCACUGGAACCCAACUCGACUCCCGAUACCGAUAGCCUCGUGAAGCGACUUGCCGGCCCCUCAACAACCAAAGCAGGGCUCGCAAUAGAUCAGUCAGGGAUCAAUCGUAUAAUUGCUGAGGCGUCCAAGGGGUCUAAAUUCUACGAGAACGAGAAACGGAAAGACAAGGAUCUCACUGAACGGAUCGCACGGAUUCUUAGACACCGUGAUGAAGUGUUGAAGGGCGUGGAUAUCCACAGUAUCGAGCAUGGCGUAGACCAGCUUCUUUUCAAACUUGAAGGACAGCGGGACCUAACCCAGACAAUUGUCCAUGUUGACAUGGACGCAUUCUACGCAAGUGUUGAGCUUCUCGAUGAUCCAUCCCUCGAGGGGAGGCCUUUUGCUGUAGUUGGUAAAGGUGUCUUGACCACAGCAUCCUAUGAGGCCCGGAAGUAUGGUGUACGAUCCGGCAUGGCUGGCUUCAUAGCCAAGAAGUUAUGCCCUCACCUGAUCCUCGUGGGGAACCAUUUUGACCGCUAUUUGGAAAUGUCCCGGAGAGUCAUGGACAUAUUUCGCCGAUAUGAUCCAAACAUGUGUGCGGCCAGCUGCGAUGAAGGAUAUAUCAAUAUCACGGCCUACUGCGAAGACCAUCAGUUGACGGCAGAGGAGUGCGUCCAACAGAUGCGAGAGGCCGUCCAAAAAGAGACCAGGUUGACUGUCAGUGCUGGAAUCGCCCCUAACAAGAUGUUGGCCAAGAUCUGCUCUGAUAAGAACAAGCCAAAUGGGCAAUUCAAGCUUGAGUCGGAUCCAGCCACGAUCAAGGAAUUUAUGCACGAUUUGUCCAUACGGAAGCUACCUGGGGUCGGUCGCGUGAACGAACGACUUUUAGAAUCUAUAGAUAUUAAGGCAAGUAUCCACGAGGCCAUUCUUCCAGAGUUUAUAUUGAGCUGA